AUGGUGGCCUCCGCAGGGCUGGUGGCUGCCGUGGUGGCUUCAGAGGGGAUGAUGGCCACCGUCGUGGCUUUGGAGGGGCUGUGCCCGGCUCCCCUGGGGAUGUGGGGGUGCUUUGGGGGUGCCGUGACCCUCGGGCAUCCAUCCCGGCUCUCGCUGAUGCUGCCGUGCCCCCUGCAGGUGGGGGACGCGGAGCCCGAGCUGGGCGCCGCCGACAACUGGAUCGGUGUCGUGCCGGUGGGUGAGGAGCCGGGUGAGGUUCCCUGGGGUGCUAAGGAGGAGUCCUUCACCGCCGCCGUUGUCAGCAAGAUGAAACGAGCCCUGGUGCUGGGGGCGUCAGCCCUGCUCAUCCUGGCACUGAACCAGAACACCAUCCGGGAGCUGGAUGUUCCCCAGUUUCUUGCCAAGCCUGUGAUCGUGAUCCAGUCCUCAGACAACGUCACCAAGCUGCUGGGAGCGCUGCUGCGCGGGCUUCAGGCUACGGCGAAGAUCACAUACCAGGCGGUGCUGCUGGAGAACCUGGGAGUGACCCUCACCUUGUGGUCGACCUGCGGUCUCUCCCGAGGGGGCCUCUACGGGGAGUGGCAGGGGGUCAUCUGCACGGGGGAGAACAGCUCGCAGGUCCAGAAGUACUUACAGCAGCUGUGGAACGCCAUCCUGCUGAUCGCCCUGCUCCUCUGCACCGGUGUCAUCGUGCAGGCUCAGCGGCAGUCGCGGCAAGACCCGUUGGAGCAGGAUGCCGAGCUGGAUCUGAAGCAGCACAUUCGGCGGCGGCUGUCGGCGCUGAAAACCCGGCGGUACCAUCCCAGCAAAACGCUCCGGAGCCAGGCCUGCGAGAUAGAUAGCUGCGCCGUCUGCUUGGACCAGUUCCACAAGAGCCAGUGGCUGCGGGUGCUGCCCUGCUCCCACGAAUUUCACCGGGACUGCGUGGACCCCUGGCUGCUCCUGCAGCAAACCUGCCCCCUCUGCAAGCGCAACAUCCUGGGGAACCUCUGCACGGAGAGCUAGCUGGCCUGAGGGAUCCACUCCAGGGACAGACCCGUCACCGCUCCGGGGACAGGGAGGGGGGGCGGGGGGUGCUCGACAAAGCAGCACUCGCUGCCGGAGUGGGGGACAGCGCGGCUGUGCCUGUUGCAGCACCCAGCCCAUUGGAAAGCGAAGGAUCUUGGGGUUCUUCCUGCAGGGCGUGAGUAGAGGGGUGGGGGGG